CAAGCUGUGGAAAUACCCUAUAAGAAUCCCAACUUACGAUUUGUCAUGUUACUUCCAUUCACGGUGGAUGGACUAAGUACCUUUGAAGGACACCUUCAUGAAAUUGAUUUCAUUGAACUCCUAACAAACAUGACCAAAACAAAAGUUCUAGUGUCAGUACCAAGUUUUCGCUUGCAAGAAGGAUAUGACAUCUGUGACUAUUUAGAGCAG